GGAGACAUCCUGGAUACCUGUACCGCUGACCGCGCCCAAACGAGCAUGGUUACAGGACGUAGAGGGGCCUGGGACUCUAGUCAAGCCCACCGACCCUCAGAAUCAGUCACCUCAGGCAGCCAUGCUGUUUACAAUAUGGAGAACAUUCUCUCAUCUCUCCAUAGCCUCCCUGAGACAUGGCUGGCCUUUGGCUCAGCUUCCUGUCAUGUAGACUUCAACUACACCUUACUGAGUGGGCUGGGGCUGCUGCUGCUGUACAUCUGCUACCUGAUACUGAAACUGGUUUUAUCUUCACUGUGGAAAGAGACAUAUACCCAAAAGCUACAGGAGAAAGCCAAGGAAACCAGGGAAUCACUUAAAGCUCCUCAGGCCCACCAUAUGAUCCUCCAGGCUUUCAUCAGCUGCUGUGUCAAGAUUCCCUCUGCAAUUGAAUCCCUGAAACACGAGCCUGAAGCCACCCAUACUGCCCAUUUCAACAGAAUGGCAAAGACUCCUACAGGCAAUGAAUCUCUAGCCUGCACUCAGCCCGCACCGCUGCCCUGGCUUGAGAGAGACCAACAGGUCUGGCUGCUAACAUUGGCAGAAUCUCAGACAAAGCCUGACUCUCACAGCAAGUCUGAGGCCCUUCAACCCCAAAUCCAAUGGCCAUUAUUUUCUCCUCUAUCCCAGCUUAGGACCUGUGGGGUGCAUUUUCAUAGACCCUCAGAUGGAGCACAGCCUCUCAGUCAAUCUGAAAUUCACCAGCUGGAAUACAACCUAUUACAAAAAGCACUGGAAAGUGUUUUGGGUUUACCCACUGUGACCCAAAGAUCCCAAGAAAGCUUCUGCCCCCCACCUCCUAAGGUCUUCUUGAUGAGAAAGUCACUCAAGAUCUGUGAUCCCAAGUCCAUCCUGCUGGGAGACUUCCCCCUCACUAGAGAAGUCCGGAGGAAACUUGAGCACCACCUCCGGAAGAGACUCAUCCAGCACCUAUGGGGACUGCCGAACAGGGUCCAGGAUUCCCUGUCACUCAUGAGUCCUCACCCAGAGCCUUCUGAGUUCCCUGAGAUGCAGAGCAGCCAUGGGCCCUGGAUCUCUCUCUCUAAGCACAAUGGCAGCAGACACCCAUCAAGCUUCAAGCUCAUCCAAUCUGAAAGUUUCCACAAAAAGAUCUUGGAAACUCACCCUCUAAGGGAGAAAGACAUGCCAAUUCAGAGACAGGGUCCAGGAACAGACCAAAAAGAUCAUCUCCAGAGAGACUCCCCUGCGGCUACAAUGAGCAGGGAAGGCUCUGAUUCUGAGACAGACCCAGAACUUCAGCCCUGGAUUCUGUCUGGAAAGUUUGCAAAGCCUUCAUGGGUGAAGAAGGGCCAGAAAAAAUGUGAAACCUUCCUCCAAGAACAGCUGAGCAGGAAAACUGAAGAAAUGAAGGGGGGCGAGAUCCCUGGCACCAAAGACAGAGGGCCACAUUCUAACAACAUAGCACAGCCCCCGCCUGAGACACAGCCCAGGCAAUUGAAAGAUCUGGCACCGUUGGCAGGUGAGGAAGACCCACUGAAAAACCACCAACAUAGUUUAUCGAUUAGUCCUAGCAAAGAAAAGAUAUUGGAAGAACAUAUUAAAACCUUUGGCAGGAGGAUGAGCUUUGGUCUUCCCAAAAGAGUUGAGGAAUCCUUAGAGUCCUACAAGACAAAAGUGGAGCCAUCCCAUCCUCCCUCUCAGUUCCACGCUGCCUCCCACGCCGUUUCUGCAGUGAAUUCUGCCCAGACCUCCAGGUUCCAGCAAAGAAAUACUAGUGGAGAUGGGAUGCGGACAUUGAAUUUCACACCCAUCCAAGAAGUGUCUCUCCCUGCUUCCUGGCCUGGGAGCCAGAUACGGCCGGCCUCUGAGAUCAAGGUGUUUGUCGACAAAGACCUUAGCACAGCUCAAAGUGGCAGAGAGCCGAUCCAGCCCUGGACACCUGGUAUGGUGGACAAAGGCAGCCUGCAACAAUCUGGAUCAGACCAUAGACAUAGCCCAGAGCUGCCCAUGAGACCAGAUAGGCCAACAGUUCCCCACAAUCCUAGAACAUCUGACUAUAAAAGUCAGGUGUCCAGAGGAGUCGUGUUGCACUCAGAGAGCAGACCACCCAUCCAGGCAGCAGGCCUGCCUGAUGUGCCCUCAGCCUCAGAAGAAAAGACUUCUAAACCCCAGGGCCCCUCCAGUGGGGAUAUGGUGGCUUCUCAGGUACUGCGGGUGCACUUGCCCACUGCGAGAGUUGGCAUUGAGGCAGGGCAGAGUUCCUGGUUCCCUGCAAAUGUGUCAGGCAAGUGCCAGAACAAGGGGUGUCCCCCAGCUGCCAAGCGAGUGUCCCCACUGGGUGGAGGGGAUGCAGGCUUAGGGACAUCCCAAACCAGAGGGAAGAGGCUCUCUGUUCAGGCCAGGGCACCAGAGGAAACACAUGGACACACAUCCUCCCCGGUACAGUCACGUAGGGGGCAGCCUCUGGAAAAUCAAUUCACCAGCCAGGUGAAAUGCUUCUUGCAGUGGGUGUCCCCUGGAAGAAAACACAAAGGGCAGGAAAGGUCCCUGGCCAAGGGCAGCUUCUCAUCACCACCUGUGAAGGGCACAAGCCUCAUCAAAGGGAGAUGUGAGUUUUAUGAGAACAUUGAAGCUCUGAAGUACGUGAGAGACCCCGGGGUGAUCCUCAGGAAACCACUGGGACACAGGCAGGGCACAGUCAUCCCCUGUCCCCAGGCACCUGUGCCUCCCUUCAUGGGGUCUGAAGAAACUCAGCAGGAGGUACAACUGCUGGCUCAGUCAGAGCCUGUGCAGAGGUACCUCUCCUGCUGGCAAGCUGCCUGCUCUCAAGUGCAGAGGGCUGAGGCCUGCAGCCCAGGACAAGGGCAGACAGUCCCUAAGAGGUGUGGCACUGCAGGAAAAGCUGAGAUGGUCACCUCCCCCAUGCAGGCUCCACAGGGAUCCCGAGUCCCACCCAAGUCCUGUCUGUAG